AUGAUCGGCCAGAAGAUGCUCUACUCCUUCUCCCUGAGCCUUGCCGGGAAACGACGUGCCUACAGUCCUGAGCCGGCCCACCAAUGGACCGGCCUGGCGGCGGCAGCUCAACAAAAUGCAGAUGCAGCGGCCAGCCCUGCCAAGACGUCCCAGGCCGAGCAGGAGGACCCCAGCACACUGCCCUCCUCGCGGCUGAGUCCCGCCAAGUUGGUCUGCAUCCGGAGGAACAAGGCUGCCCUGCUCAGACUUGCCGCACGCAACGUGCCCGUGGGUUUCGGUGAGAGCUGGCAGACAAGGCUCAGUGCAGCGUUUGGGAAACCGUAUUUCAUCAAGCUAAUGGGAUUUGUUGCGGAAGAAAGAAAACAUUACACUGUUUAUCCACCCCCACACCGAGUCUUCACGUGGAUCCAAAUGUGUGCCCUAAGACAUGUGAAGGUUGUCAUCCUGGGUCAGGAUCCGUUUCAUGGACCCAACCAAGCCCAUGGGCUCUGCUUUAGUGUUCGAAGACCCGUUCCACCGCCGCCCAGUCUGGAAAACAUUUAUAAAGAGCUGUCUACAGACCUAGAUGGUUUCGUUCAUCCUGGUCAUUUAUCCGGGUGGGCCAAGCAAGGUGUUCUCUUACUCAACGCUGUCCUCACGGUGGCACAUCAGGCUAAUUCUCAUAAGGAGAGAGGAUGGGAGCAAUUUACUGAUGCGGUUGUGUCCUGGCUAGGUCGGAACUCCAGUGGCCUUGUCUUCUUGCUGUGGGGCUCUUACGCUCAGAAGAAAGGCAGUGCCAUCGAUAGGAAAGGCCGCCACGUGCUCCAGGCUGCGCAGCCCUCCCGGCUGUCGAGGUACAGAGGGUUCUUCCAAUGUAGACAUUUCUCUAAAACCAAUGAGCUGCAGCAGAAGUCUGGCAAGGAGCCCAUCAACUGGAAGGAUCUGUGA